AUGCCCAUGGAAAAGGACAUGUGGGUUUUCGGGCCCGAAUCUCAGUCGACGUCCCCCGACGAUCUUCAUGAUGUUUGCCUAGACGAUGAUGCGAAAGAGACACGAUUCCGAGUCCCUUCACCAGCCGGAAGCCGGCCUGAAUGCCUGAGGAACGCUUUUAAGGAAUGCAUAUUCGUCGCUCUGAUCGCCUUUGCCGCUGCCACUCCUGUCUUCCUUCAACGAUCUGUCGUAGUCGUCGCCGGUUCUAUAUCUGGAGCAUUAGCGAUGUCACCAGCUCAGAUUGCGUGGACUACGGCAAGUUCAGGCCUGACGACCGGCGCAUUUUUGCUUCCUUUUGGCUAUAUCGCCGAUACAUGCUCUUUUCUGCCUCGGAAGACCCUUCUCAUCAUCAGUUUGGUAGCCUUCUCCUUGCUUGUGUCGUCGACAUCACUUUCACCGAAUGGGAUCGUGCUCGAUGCCAUAUCUGGUUUGACCGGCAUUGCCUGCGCGGCGAAUGUUCCAAUAGCCGUCGGCAUCUUAAGUCUCGUAUAUCCUAAACCGUCACGUCGGAAGAAUAUAGUGUUCUCUUCUUUCCUGAUGGGCACACCAGCAGCAACAAUCAUCGGAGGUCUUGGUUCAGGUGCUUCAGCUCUUCAAUUCGGUUGGAAAGCUCCAUUUAUAGCCUUGGCCAUCUUGUAUUCGGCCAUCUGCGGGCUCGCAUGCAUAUUCGUUCCCAAUAUCCCGGAACCCGAGACGCUCCGGGAGAGGGACGAAGUACACAUUAUCGCCGAACCAGAAGCCUUUCCUAUGCUUUCAAUCGAAACUCCCAAGAGGAAAUCCCCUUUCUUGGAAUUUGACUGGGUCGGACUGCUUUUAUUAGUCAGUGGUCUUCUGCUAUUUACUGUUGCUUUGACUAUUGGGCCCCAAGGUCCAGAACCAUGGAAGACGCCGACAGUCAUCCUUCUCUUAAUCUUGGGUAUCUUGUCUCUUGGAUGUUUUCUUCUCUGGGAGAAAGUUACGCGAUCGCCAAUGAUACCCCCCUCUAUCUGGGAAAACUUGACGGUAACUUUGGUGAUUGUUUCCACAUUAGGCUCUGCCAUGUCUUUUUAUUCGCAACUAUUUUGGGUGUCUUUAUUCAUGCAGGACCUUGAGGGCCUUAAACCAUUCGAUGUUGCCGUGAGGUUAUUGCCACAAGCUCUCGUGGGUUUGUUGCUCAGCCCGCUUGUCGGCUUGAUUAUGCACAAAGUUCCUGGCACAGUACUGUUGGGUGUGGCUGCCGGUGCUCUUGUUACUAGCAACGUGCUUCUUGUGUUUUUGCAUCAAGGAAGUAAUUACUUGAUCUGGAUAUUUCCCUCAGUCAUGCUGAGCACUAUUGGAAUGGAUUGGACCAUGAACGUUGGUUCGCUCUAUAUUUUAUCCUCUCUUCCCCUUAAGCAUCAUUCUAUUGGAGCGUCAGUCCUUCAAACGACAUGUCGCCUCGGGGUCCCGCUAGGUAUGGGAGUUACUACUGCAAUAUGGUCGUCGUACGAUGAAAUGCGAUUGGCAGCCAAUCCAGAAAUCGCAUAUACCAAUACUUUUAUAGCGACGGCAGCAUUUGCGGGAAUUUCACUCUCUCUGGUGCCCUUCAUUCAUAUUGGUAGACAGGGAUACUCGAAACAAGAGUUGGUAGACUAUAAGGAUGAGGAGAUUAGGCCAGACUCGCCAGCUCCUUCCCAGCAUCAUCCUGGCCUUUCUCGAAACGAAAAUGGGAAUCGUCCGAGUAAGCGAUGGUCGCCAGUUGAUACAUUGGCCACAUCGGCUAUGGGUGAAAGACAACACACCAUAGCCCCCUCGGUAUCGUCGCAGUCGUCACAUAGAAGCGCGGAAGCCCCGAGCAGCACUGGCACGGCGAGGACAACGAUUCGAAGAGGGCACAGUCCAUCCGAAAGAGUUGUCUGGGUCGUCUGCGAAGAAUGCGGCACGAGCAAGCGCCACAAUCAGCCACGUAGAGCCGUGGGUGAUCCGGCCCGCUACUUCAACGAUCCCGCGUUUAGCGGAGCGACUAAGAGUCGCAAUCAUCAGACAACUGCUCAUACUACUGAGAGCAGCAAUAACCAGAAUAACCAGCAGCAUGCUACUCCUCAGCUUCCCAGGCAAUUCGGCGGACGUCGACGUUUACCUCUCGUGAACCGUCAGAUCAUGACUCAUCAGAUGCUGACGCAAGGUUUCCAACCUUGA